AUGGAAUUUUUAGAAUAUGGUACUACUUUAGCAGUUUGUGAUACCACAAUAGGACAUAUAAUUAAACAAUUAUUCAAUGAUCUUCCAUCGGCUUUAGACAUAAUAGAGUGUACAAAUCUAAAAUAUAGUAGAAUGAGAACUAAUACUUCAAUAUGUGGUCAUACUGAAAAGAACAGUACACCGUGCAUUGGUAACAAAACAGUGACAACUACAAUACAAAUGCAUUUAUUUAUUGAGCUCCUCAAUAGGAUAGAGGAGGAUGAAAUAAAUAGCAGCCAGCAUAGCACCGAAGCAGCAUCUCAUCCUAAAAUAAAGUUGUCAAAUAUCCCACCUGUACUUAUCAUAAAUGAAAAAGCAUUUGAACUGAGAGGUGUAUUUUGCUAUCAACAAGGAUUAAGUAGGUUAAGAAACUCUGUAGGGCAUUAUUAUGCUUAUGGAAAACGAGGACCAAACAACUGGGAGCUAUUUGAUGACACAAGGAAAAAAACAAAACCUGUAAAAAAUUCAACUGUCGCCCCAUGUGAAUAUUUAAUGUAUUCAAUUUGA